CAAGUACAACACUAACGUUUGUAACACUAUCGAUUUCGCUUCAAAAGCAACAGUUUGCUAUUCCUUUUAUUGCAGCUGUACAUAUUUUGCACACCUCAUUCUAGUGCAUGGUUGAACUAUGGACGUAUUCAUUGCUUUGCUCUUUGCUUUGGGUCUGAUGUACCCGUCGUCUGCUGUGAUGGCAAAUGACCUUCCAGCCCUGGUGCGAAUUGUUCGGCAGCAAAACAAGUUGCCAAUGGAGACAACUGUCCCUACCGAUCCUGAAGAUUCUGAACCUAACUAUGAUGAUGAACAAUCGGUCAGAGAUAUAACCCAGCAUGUACCAUUUAUCAAUCAGGCCCCGCAAUCAAAAACUAUUGAAACACUACAAAAGCAGUCUUUAGUAUCAACUACUGCCAAACCUACUGUUCAAAUAGUCAAAUCACCUGUACAAUCCCAAACUGCUUCCCAAUCCCAAAUUGCUUCAAAGCCGAGCUCCAAGCCAAGUGCCCCUAAUCCGAACAACCCUAGCAAGAACAUAUCCAGCACCCUACCUCCAACUGAUUCAACGCCAUUAUCCCAGCAGAAGUCAGACGUUUCUUCCAAACCAAUCCCAAUAGUACUAAACGUGAAUGUAGUGGUUCAUUCAGAAUCAGAAAAACAUCCUACAGAAUGUGCGGACUGUAAUCAUCAGACAAAACCAUCUCAACAUAAGUGUCAAAGUUUCAAAUCUCCGCACAUUGAAGGUUCGAAGAUAGUUAAAAAUCUAAAUCGAAUGCCCAAGCAUAUGCCCAGACAAAACAUCAAACCGAUCAAAAUCCAAGUUCCCAUUAAGAUGAAGGUACCUAUCGAUGUUCCAUCUGGAAAUGAGCAAUAUUACGGUCAUAAGGCACAGGCUUAUAGGAAAAAUAACUGAAUACUAUGCUGAAAACUUAAACAAUAAAGAAAUCUAUUGUAACGUUUGCUUUGUCAAA